AUGGAGAUCCGCCAACUAAUAGCAGACUCCAAUACUGACUUUGCAGAUACACCAAAAAGAGAUUUCCAUGAAUUAAGCAAGUAUUUAUCGGACGAAUAUCAACAAUGUGAUGAUUUUGGAACCCCUUCAAAACGUGCUCGUACCCUUGGAUCCGAUAAUGGAAGUCACCACGAGGAACCAUUUUCUGACGAACUGGAUCAACGUGACAAGUCGAUUGCGGCCAAUCGUGGUAUGCUAGAUUCACCGAGUUAUAACAUGGGCAUCAAUUAUGAGGGUUUCCCUGAGUACCCAAUGAGCGGAUGGGGCUUUGAAGACAACUUCGAUGGAGGUCUUACUGGGGUUACGUCUGAAAUUGUUGACCUCACCUUACCAGAUGCCGAAGGUUUCGAUGGAGUAUCACUUUGCAGUAUACAGCCUUCUGACAAAGAUGGCAUAAACCUCCGCGAAUAUGCUAUCAGGGAAAGCCCUGGAAAGGAACGAAGUGCCCGGGAUUUAUACUUCGACAUACUAAGUGAUGAGUUCGUGAUCAUUCGCGAUUCCAACUCAAAAGAUUCCGCUGGUUAUCUGAAUGGAGAAGCAGCCCAGCUGAUCGUCACCUUGUCUCACUCAUACAAAAGGAAGCUUUCCGCCAAAUUCCACCCUCAAGGCAGUAUUUCGGUCAUGAUAUAUGGCGCCCGCGAUGAAGCUGGUAUGAUUGGUGAUUUCCUGAACCAAAAUAACUACUAUCUUCAACAACCAUUUAAGUUGGAUGAGUCGGAAACAUACUACAACCCACAGUAUCUAGUACCUCCGGGGUCAGAAUUCCGUGCAUCAUGGGAAAAGAAUGGUGUUGAGUUGACUCAAUCGUCUCGGUUGAGUGAGAAAGCAAUAUCGCAAGUCUCUCAGAUCAUGGAUUCAGCAUCAGGCCCAACCAUAUUCUCGGAGGUACAGGUCAGCAGUAGGAUCAAGACCGAUCUUUUGCAACACCAGAAAAAGGCUUUGGCCAUGAUGGUUGAGAAGGAGUCUGGUCGGUUUGUUGGAUGUGAAUUCCCAUCUCUUUGGGCAGAAGGUUUUGAGGAAGGCAAACACGGGAUGAAAAUAUACCGCAAUUCUGUCACUGGGAGUGUUCAGCUGAAGGAACCAAAAGUGUGUAUGGGGGGUCUUCUUGCUGAUGAUAUGGGACUUGGGAAAACACUUUCCACGCUGGCUUUAAUAGCAGGUUCAUUGAAUGAAACACAAGAGGGUCAAGAGCAAGCGAAACAUUCUACCUUGAUUGUUUCGCCACUGUCAACCCUCUCUGGCUGGGAGAGCCAAAUUCAAGAGCACUUCAAAGAGGGGUCACUCAGUUAUACUGUUUACCAUGGACCAAAUCGAAAACGAGUUGCAACCGCUCUAACCCAACAUUCCAUCAUUCUGACAACGUAUGAUACCCUCAAGAUGGACUUUAACGAGAAAUCCAAACAUGAAGGUAUCUUGCACAAGAUUGACUGGCGUAGGAUUGUGUUAGAUGAAGCCCACGUCAUUCGUAAUUCAACCUCACGGAUUUUCCAGGCUGUGUACAAUCUCUCCGCAAAGCACCGCUGGUGUAUAACAGCGACUCCGAUACAGAACUGGGUACAGGAAUUCGGAGCUCUUGUUAAAUUCCUCCGUGUAUCGCCGUUUGAUGAGGGGAUGUCUUUCAGGGACAUAUUCACUCACCCUAUAGAGCGUGGGGAUGAACGUGGCUGGGAAAGGCUCAAAUCUCUCGUCCAAGCCAUAUCACUUCGAAGAAUAAAGGAAGCUCUUGAUCUGAAACUUCCCAUACGAGAGGAAAUCAUACAGCCGGUAGAAUUGAACAUGGAGGAAAGAAAAAUGUAUCAGUUGUUCACCAAAUCAUGUGUUGCUGCUAUUGAAACUCGUGGAAUAGCACAGAGCUCUUUUCAAACCAUUCUAAGGCUUCGACAAAUAUGCAACCAUGGACGCGAGUUACUUCCUUCUACCACUCAGCAGUGGCUGGACAGCGUUAUGUCUUUUCAUGGGGAUGCAACCACGCCACCUCCAACCUGCGAACAUUGUGAUGAGCCCAUGGCUGUUUCGGAAGAGAAUAUGGAUAAUUUAACUACCUGUUGGCAUCAGGUUUGCAAAGCGUGUCUGAAAGGUGUUCAAGAGGGUGAUAGUCCUACUGAGCCCGUCUGCCCUGUAUGCGCCGCGUCAGGAUGCGACAAGAAGAAGGAAGUUCAAGCCACCGAUGAAAUGGAGGUUGAACGGGAAUACUAUCCAUCAUCUAAAGUGAAGGCCUUGCUGGAAAAUCUUCAGAAGACCAGGAGUCAAUCUCUGAACUCAGAAGGGAGGCCUAUCAAAAGUGUUAUCUUUUCUACUUGGACAAAAAUGCUUGACUUCGUGGAAAAAGCCCUCGAUGGUACUGGAUUCCAAUUCCAGCGGGUUGACGGCAGCAAAAGCUCUUCGCAACGCAAACAGGCACUCCGUAUCUUCAACGAAAGCCCUUCGUGUACUAUAUUUCUUGCCACGUUGGGCAGUGCUGGGGUUGGCAUCGACCUUACAGCUGCUAAUCAGGUCCACCUUCUCGAACCAGGCUGGAAUCCCAUGUUAGAGCGACAGGCACUAGACCGUGUCCACAGAAUCGGACAGCAGAGAAAUGUCCUGGCAAUCCGCUAUAUCGUGACAGGCCCCACGUCAAUUGAAGAGUACAUCCGGCGCAGACAGGAGUGGAAACUGAAUCUUAUAUCGGCUUCCCUGAAUGAUACGAAGGGUGGCCAAGCUGUAGGAGUGAAAGAUAUGCUUGAGGAUUUGAAACAUACACUGAGUCAAUCAUGA